AUGAGGUCAAAGUUUCAUGCUUUUAUGUACCCAACGUUUGGUUUUGGUCAUAUGAUUCCAUAUCUUCAUCUAGCCAACAAACUAGCUGAGAAAGACCCUCUUACUCUUCCUCAUGUGGAUGGUCUCCCUGCUGGCGCAGAGACAACCUCGGAUCUACCAAACACGUCUGGGAAAGUCAUAUCCUAUGCGAUGCAUCUCUUGCGAGGUCAGAUCGAAGCAAAGGUUCGUGCUUUGAAACCAGACCUAAUUCUCUUCGAUUUUGUUGACUGGGUUCCAGAAAUGGCGAAAGAGUUUGGAGUCAAGAGUGUGAGUUACCAGAUCGUGUCCGCAGUUUUUGUUGCUAUGGCUCUUGCACCUGGCGCUGAACUAGGGCUUCACCAACCACCGGGUUAUCCUCCUCGAAAAUGA